AUGGCUGGCGACUUUUCUAACAGAGCACCUUGGAAGCGCUCGGCAUGUGAUCGCUGCCGCGCACAGAAGCUGCGAUGUCACCGAGAUUCAGGUCACUCAACAGACGCAUGUCUUAGAUGCCUCAAAUCUGGCAUCGAAUGUGUCACCAGCAAAGCACGUCCAACAGGUCGUCCCCCCUCAAGACAGGUGCAGCCAACCGUUUCAGUUGAGCAAGACUCUUCACCCUCAGCCGGUGGCACAGACAUCAACAGCAUGAUGAACUUUGAGUAUGAUUUGUCGCUGGACAACAUCUUGGACAGCAUUGGGAUGCAACAUUCCGAUUUCAUCGUCAAUGACAAUAUCCUCGUCGACAUCUCCCCCCUGUCGUCCCAAUCGACGAGCCAACACAGCGUUGCACAGGCACAGACAGUGGACCCUAGCACCAUCCAAUCGACAACGUCGUACCAGUUCAACAGCCUACCGAGUACCAGUUCCAUGGACUCUGCCUUACCCAUAAGAAGCGAUCAUGUUGAGCUACUUCUGUCAAGGCUGCAUUCGAAAUUGUCUGCCCAGCUCUACUCCAUCAGAUCGUCGCCAUGGGACGUAAAGGGUACCCUGAACCUUUCCUUGGCCCAUCAGGGUAUUGGUCAAGAUUUUGAAAACUGCGAGUCCCAUCCUCUAGUCCAGGUAUCACAAGCUUGCACUGAGCUCGAGAGGCUCUUGUCUGGCCUUCGCGCCCCCGCAUCUGCUGAGCAUACGCCCUCAUCAUUUUCGUACACGCCAGCAGUGCCACCGCGUUUACGCACAACACAGCUUCUCAUUGCACUUUCGUGCUACAUACAAAUUGUUUCAAUCUAUGGUAUCAUAUUCUCAAAAGUGUUCGACUACCUCCUCAGCACCUCUAAGACGUCAAUUGGCUCAUAUCAAUCAUCCCCAUUGACUCUUUACAUCGGAGGUCUUCCUAUUCCUCCCAAUGAAACAUUAUCUGGAAAUCUGCUCGUUCACCUCAUCGAGCACCAGCUACACCAAAUUGAACAGCUCAUGGGCCUGCCAGAGCAUUAUAGAGUAUCUUCUAGAGCUAAAGACACUAAAGAUGGAGAAUUGGGGUUAUUCGGGAGUCAGCACAAUUCAGAUGGCUCACGUGUUUGAACUGGUGAUCGAUCUAGCGAACUCUCUGGUUUGGCUGAAUCGUCGUGAAUAAUAAUUGUGCCGUACCCUUUCAUCCCGUGGGAGCGUAAUCCUGGUUGCCCGGGACUUUUGUGGUGGUGGUGAGAGAUGACUCGUGGUGUCAGCAUUGUGUGGGAUUCGCCGGUGAUCUCGGAGGAGCUGUUUCAGAUUAUUGAAGAGCAAGUAGACGUUCUUGGGGAAACGAAGAGUAAAUAUUCUCAUGAGAAUAACAGAAAUCGUGCUCGAUAAUUUCCAUGGCAUAAUAUAUUUAUACCAUAGCCUCUUUUGUUGGACCUCAAUCACGUUAACAUGAUCAGUUCUCCAUGUGAUCUUCAUCUCAGCCUCCAAAUUCC